UCGAUAAGAUAACACACGUCUGAUUAGAGCAGAGCCUGUGUGUCGUAACGUUAGCCUAUGUGGAGAGCAAAGGUCUCGGGUGCCACUAGGGACAGACUGUUAAACAUACUCGGUAGGUCGACAGGACUCACAUCGUGAUCCAUUAUGAAUUUCUUCCUGGAAACAAUCCAAGUCCUCCUGUUGUCCAUCUGGUACAAUGUGGAGUCUUUCAUCCACCUCUUUGUACCCAGGAGGAAGAAGAACGUAGCUGGUGAAGUGGUGCUGAUCACAGGGGCAGGUAGCGGGAUUGGUCGCCUCAUGGCCCAGGAGUUUGCAGCUCUUGGCACUGUGCUGGUGUUGUGGGAUAUUAACCAGGAGGGCAUGAAGGAAACCGCUCAACUGGCUAAACAGAGUGGAGCCAGCAGAGUCCACUACUAUCUGUGUGACUGCAGUGACAAGAAUGAGGUGUACAGAGUGGCUGACCAGGUAAAGCGAGAGGUGGGUGAUGUCAGCAUCCUGGUGAACAAUGCUGGGAUCGUGACAGGAAAGAAGUUCAUGGAUGCUCCUGAUUCCCUGAUUGAGAAGACAAUGGAGGUCAACACUAUGGCUCACUUCUGGACCUACAAGGCCUUCCUUCCUGCUAUGAUUGCCAACAAUCACGGCCAUCUUGUCAGCAUUGCCAGCUCUGCUGGACUCAUAGGAGUUAAUGGAUUGGCAGACUACUGUGCUAGUAAGUUUGGAGCAGUAGGUUUUGCAGAGUCAGUUGGUCUGGAGCUACUGGCAACUGGAAAAGAUGGCAUCAAGACCACCAUUGUGUGUCCGUACUUCAUCAACACUGGAAUGUUCGAUGGAUGUCAAACCAAGUAG